AUGCAAGUCUCAGCCACUCCAAUGGCCCUAACCAGCAAUCGAUUCCUCUGCAACACCCUCACCAGAAAACCAUACACCCACCUCCCUCUCCACCAAGCUAUUUCUUUUACAACAAACACAUCUCUCACUCCUCCAAGAACAACUUUCAUAGUCUCAGCUGCCAAGAAACUCUCUUCUAGAACAGGAAAAUUCGACAGCAAAAAUAAAAGAAGCUCAACUAAAACCAAAGAUGAAGAAGAAGAAAGAAGCGAUGAUAUUGGAACUGGGUUUGGUGGAAGUCUUGAAAAUAGUGGUAAUACAGGGAUUUCUGAUGCUAGUUCUGGGUUUGAUGAUGGAUUUGUCAUGCCGGAGCUUCCUGGUGAUAAAACGGACUUCUGGGAGGGGCCUCAGUGGGAUGCUUUUGGCUUCUUCGUUCAGUAUAUGUGGGCUUUUGGCAUCGUUUUCGCGCAAGGGGUGAAAUCUAAUGUAGAUGGUGGGCAUGCUCCGUUGGUGUGGGGUGUAGAUGGAGAUGGCAGGACUAGAGGUGGUGAGGUGGCAACCCUAUCCAUAGCUGAUGUCAACCAUCAGAGACCGAAAAUUCAGAUUGAAAGUACUGUCAAAACAGCCUAUGAUGAUUGGAUGGAGAAUGGCUUGUGGAAUCCAUGGAUGGGAAGUGAUAUUUGGUUUUAUUAUUAUCCAUAUGCCAAUACUGUUAUAGAUGUUGCUGUCAUCCAUCUUGACUAUAUUUUUGUUCGAUACAUAAUUGCUGGUGCUUUGACAACUCUAAUGUUUAUUCUUACAUUUUCCUCUUCACAGUUGAUUGCAUGUGGAAUUGCUGUGGCCACAUACAAUGAAGGGGCGGCAGAUUUUAAGCAAACUCCUGUAUACAAGGAAUCGAUCCAAUCACGAGAACUUUUAGAAGAACCAGAAUCAUCCAACUCAGAUGUUUUUGAGUCCAAUCCAACUGAGGAGGCACCUAGUUUGGAAUAGCUCUUCCAGUUGAUUCGAGGUCACCUUUUCCUCUAGCUCCUUUUAAAUGUUAGCAGUGAAAUAUUCCAACUACAGGCGUUCUUCUCAGUUUGUAAGGAAAUGUUAUUUGCUGUAAGUUAUUUUUUCGCGUUUGACUAUUAUAUGAAAUAUUGGCACAGAAAAUAUAUCUAAAAGAAUAGUAGAGUUUGUUUUUGGCACAUAAUCUUCAUUGAAACUGUUCACUUUUGCCUUAUAGAGAAGCGUGGCAUUAAUAAAUAUGGAAAAGAUAGAGGGACGUAUUGUUGGAAGUUUAAGUUGAUGGACAAACCUUUCAGUUCUGUUACAACUAUAAAUGUUAUAUGAGCACGUCAAAAUCCUGAUAAGAAAGAGAAUAAAUAUGAUCUUUGAAUAUGUUUGGGAAAGUCAUUCUGAUCUGUUGUUUUUGUAAUUAGUCUGAUCUUUAAAAUCAGAUAACCAUGCUGAUCUUUGGGGCCAUCCGCAGGGGUUUAUCGCUGUAAUUGUUUGGGUUUAUCGCUGUAAUUGUUUGGUACGUGUUGGGGGAUUGCAUGUGUCUGGGAGGAUUAGGUAGGUACUCUAAAAUGAUUGGAUACUCCUUGUUAGGAUGAGAACCUUUAGGAUUGUUGUGCAUGAAGUUUAAAUUGUUGAUACAUCUCUCAAACCUGUAAUUCAUUUGAAUAAUCAUCCCAAACCAGCAAAUGGUUGAUAGUAUGUAAGUAUAACAUCAAACAUCCAAAGCUGGCCUACAUGUUAAUUAAAAUCACUUCCCACACUAAUAAUACCAAUGGACAGCUAAACUAUGCUAAAACCAGACUUGAUGCAAAGUUGUACUUAUAGAAGAACACUCGUCGGUAGAAAUGCUGCUACUGCUGCUGCUGCCACCACUGCCACCCUCAAGUUACCUCCAACCUUCAGUUUUUUGCUAGCACUAUGGUGAAACCCAAAUCCCAUAAUGUUGGGUCUCGGUGCUACUGUGACCAUCGGAGAAGCUAGAAAUUUCAAGAAAAAACCAAGCAUUAAAAGAAAGUGAAUCGCAUACAUUUUAUCGUUAGUAAGCAAAUUCUGAUUUCGAAGCAAACACAAACAAACUAUUACAACCACCAAUUUAAUUUAUGAUAGCUCAGAAAGAAAUGAAUGUUCUUUAGCUUGCAUACCAGCGACAGUUGAAUUGGUUUUUGUGCCAAAGGAAACUUGAGAAGCAGGUGCAGUAGGCGGCAAAGUUACCCCUUCAAAUAAAUCGACACGAGAUAUGUUAAACAACAACAAAAAUAAGACCCCCAGAAUUUGAUUAUUUCUUUUGUCUACUACUUGAAAUUACAUAGACUGAAUGUGUCCAAUUUGUAUAGCAUUAGCAUGUCUACAUUAUUAAGAAAAUACACUUUCUCCUACUUUUGACUAAAUCUGGACAAUUAAAGUUUCUGACAGAAGAUAGUGGAAGUCAUUCCUAUUUAUGAUGUGA